AUGCAGUGGCAUCCUGCUCAGUUUUUCAACGACUAUGCUCCACCGGUUCCGUUCGCCCUGCUGAUCCUUAACCAACCUAUCAAUAAGAAUGCGUUCAGGCUUCUAAAGAGACAUGCAUGCUUUAUUAUAUGCGCUGAUGGCGGGGCAAAUCACUACUACAACAAUAUGAAGAGCAUCGGCUUAGAGGGCACAGAGCUUCCAAAUGUUAUUGUUGGGGAUCUUGAUUCUAUCCACCUGGAUGUUCUACGGCAUUAUGAAAGCCUCGGUGUAAAAGUCGUUAAAAACCCGGACCAAUAUUCGACGGACUUUAUGAAGUGUCUUAGUUACCUUGCAGGUAAUUGCAAGGAUAUUCUCAACACUGUCAAGCAGCAAGGCCGUGGUGACUCCGGUAGCUGUUUUAAAUCCGAGGCCGGAGAUCUAGAUGUGGUUAUUUUUGGUGGUUUAGGCGGCCGCGUAGAUCAAGGUUUUGCGCAGAUUCACCAUUUAUAUUGUGCAACUCCAUCAGCCUCCGAGCAGAUUAUAAGGCCGAAUGGGGAAACAUACCUGGUAUCGGAAGAAAGCAUCUCAUUCUUUCUGCACCAGGGGAAGAAUACGAUAUUCACUCCUGGAGGAAUUAUACCCAUUGGUGGGCCCUCCCUGAUAUCUACUCAAGGCCUAGAAUGGGAUGUGAUAAAUUGGAAAACAGAAUUUGGCGGUCGGUUGAGCACGAGCAACCAUAUAAGAGCUGAAUCAGUUGAGGUCGAGACCUCGAUUCCUGUGCUCUUCACCGUGGAAUUGGCGCCUUACUUGAAGUAUUUGCAAAUUAUUUUCAUCAUGGGCCUUCCCUUUGAUGGCUCUAUUGGCGGGAUUAUCUUCAGCCUUGAGGUUGCAAUAAUCUCGCAGCGAUGA